UAAAUGCUCUUCUUGGGUUAAAGUCUCUUUCUCAGUACGAUAAUGUCUCUGGUUGUUCGUGGCGGCGUCUCCGACGGUUGCUCCACCCGAAGUCUCAGUGAGAUUUUGUCGUCCUCGGAGGAGAUAGUCCGAGUGAGCUUUGAUCUGGUGUCCGCCGCUAGGCGCAAUCUUGGGUUUCUAAGAAUCGUGGCCGAUUCUCAUUGGCUCCACCAAAGACCCACCAUUUUCGAGGCCAUACGACGUUAUGAGCAGCUCUGGAUGCCGCUGAUUUCUGAUCUCACGGCGGGGCCAAAGCCCCCAAUGGCUCUUCCUCCUAUUGAUAUCGAAUGGGUCUGGUUUUGCCACUCCCUGAAUCCGGCCAGUUACAGGCAAUACUGCGAGUCAAGGUUCUCAAAGAUCAUCGGAAAACCGGCCAUCUUCGACCAAGAGAACGACGAGUAUGCGCUCAACAGAUGCAGGGACGUUUGGAUCUCUAGAUACCCAUCUGAGCCUUUUGAAAAUGAACUGGCUUCUGAUGUAUCAGUCCCCCGUAUUACAAAUGAACACCUUCUGGGCCAAGUCUUGAAGCUCAAAAAUCUGUAUGCUAAUUUGGCUGAGCCUUACAUGGCGGAGACCGUCUAUUUAACUGCAGCCAAACACCGUUACAAAAUGUUUCUAUGUAUGAUUCAGAGAUUCUCCGAUGGGUUCGAUCGUUUAGUGCCGGCCUCUGAUAUUCUAGUAAUGUGGCUAACCCAUCAGAGCUAUCCCACAGUCUACGCUGCUGAUGUGAAGGAAAUUGAGGAGGAUAUGGGAAAGGUGCUGCCAGUAUGGGAGGUAGCCAGAGAAGAAGAGGUGGAAGUGACCAAGAAACUUUGGGAAAGAAUCUUUGAUCAACCAUACGAAAAAGCUGGUGGUGCAGCCAAUGGAGGGGGUUAUAAGAUCAAACCACCUCUCUACUGGGACAUAACCGAUGAUGAUGUCAAUACAAGAUACAAGACCUUGCUCCCAAGGUUCUUGCUGGAGGCAUGUGUAUUCGUGAAGCUUGACUCAAAGAAGGGGGCAAUGCAAGGGAACAAAUUGCAUGAAUUUCUGCGUCUUCGUAUGGUGAGAUGUCACAGGGAGCUUAAGAUUGAUAAAAAAACAUCCAUUUUCCCCUUCGACUCAUGGCAAAAAGCUUGGCAUCUUUAUUGUGAAUUUGGGACCAGGGGAAUUGUGCUUGAGCUUCAUGACCGUGGCAGUAACUGUUUCAAAGCGAGUACAUUGCAAGACAGUGUGACUAUUUUGUGGAAUGACCUACUGCGAGCAAGCUCUCUGACUCUAGGAAGAGAAGUUGAUCAAAGACUGAGGGUGGCAUCUUCAAUGACUCCCCCAGUUCAAGCAUCGUACUUGCUGAAAUGUGUGCCUGAUCAGGUCACGGAUGAUUCAGGUGCCAUGAUAUCGGAUGUGAUUCUGAGAAUGAACCGAUAUCGUCCUCAGGAAGGGAGAUGGUUGUCUCGCACUGUUCUGGAUCAUGCGGGGAGAGAGUGUUUUGUUGUUCGAAUGAGAGUGGGUGGAGGGUUUUGGAGGAGGGGUGGAGAGACUCCAUCUUCUGUGAAAUGGGAGGAGAGGAUAACGGAGAUUCGUGAAGGUUCUUGGUCUUAUGUUGCCGGGUCUAUCGGUCAAGCUCCUGUAAAAGUGGCGGGAAGAGCAACACCGAAAGAGCCAUCGGAACAAGGGAGUGCUUCAUGGGAAAUUUCAACAGGUGAUGAACUCAUUAUGCGUUGGGAAUUAUCAUCAUCAUCAUCAUCAUCGAGCCUAAGUUUUCACCUGAAAAACGAAACAUCUCCUGAAACAACGGUAAAGUUGUUAAGAGGGCGAAAAAUGCAGUACCGGAAGAGUUGGAAAAUAAAAGAUGACGAAGAGGGCGCAAACACCGAAGAUGAGAUACAACAACAGGAAGAGGGUGAUGAAGAUGGAUUCGUGACGCUAGUUCGUUUCACAGAGGAGGACCCGAUUGGGAGAGCAACAGCACUUCUAAACUGGAAGCUACUGGUGGUGGAAUUCUUGCCCGAAGAAGAUGCAGUUUUGGUGCUUCUAUUAUGCAUCUCAAUACUCAGAAGCGUGUGCGAGAUGAGAAGAGAAGACGCGGGAAACUUGUUGGUAAGGAGGCGAUUAAGGGAAGCGAGAGUUGGAGAUAGAGAUUGGGGAUCUGUGGCUCUUCACCUUUCAUCUUCGUCAUCUUCAGCUGUUCCUUCCCCACAUCUUCAGCCUUGGCAUUGGAAUGCAGAGGGAGUGAUGGCAGCUGAUGAUAGCACAAGACAACCAGCUCUAAACCAUUCACAGGUUGAAGGCGGGGACAAGUUGUUCAAACGGGGAAUUAUUGCUUGAGGGGGGAGGGUUGAGACUAGGCCUUUAUUUACAUAUUGUAUUGUGAAAAAGAGAUUAGAAAUGCAUUUGGAUUUUGUGUUAUUCUGUUAGAUAUAAAUACUUUACAGUAUAUAUAUUAAAUUCACAUAUUAUAUAAAA